AUGUCUACAGUACCAACAACCCAAUCAUCGGGUCCACAGAUCAUUACAACCUCUCUCUUAUCACCCAGACCAACAACUCUUCAAAUAAAAAAACAGACAACUACGCGAAAUACACAACAAAUCAACCCAUCAACUGUAAAUAUCCCCUCACAUACAUUGCCAGCAACUGCAACAACAACAACAACAACAACUGCAACAACAACACCUUCAUCGUCAUCGUCAACAACAUCUUCAUCUGUUGCCAAACCACCAGCCCCAGUCCAACUCAAGACGUCACCAACCAAAACCAUUUCUCUAAAGCCUCCACAAAAACCAUCAUCGCCACCAACAACUCAACCCGCAGUUCCAUCUCUCAAUCAACCACCACCACUGAAACCUGCAUCUAGUUCUCCAUCAACUGUUGAUGAACCUGCACCAGUAUCUACUCCCGUUGGGAAUUCACCAACCGAGUUGACGAUUAUAAAAUCGAUUCAUCCUCUUGAUAGUGGUGUUGCUACCGAUAAUGCAAAUAAUCAAAUUGACACCCCCUCUCCGCCCUCCCCUUUUUAUGAUGUCGCUCAACUACAAACCACGACUGAUGCAACUACCGCAACAACAACAACAACAACAGAGAAUCCUGCCAUGGCAAUUGUUUCAUAUGACAACAUUGAAAGCAUAGAUGCCAACUCUUCUAAUAAUAACGAUAGUGUCAUUGUCAUAACCAAUAAUAAUAAUAAUAAUAGCAAUAAUACACCAAAACCCAUUUCCGACUCUACUACUCUUGGAACAAAACACCUCUCUACCACAAAACAAACACAAGAAAAGAGAAUUACAGAGUUGGAAAAAGAUUUGGAAAGAGAAAGAAAAAAGGUACAAGCAUUGUCUACCCAACUUAAAGCACCAUCCAAUUCAAUUAAACCAAAUUAUAAUAAUCAAAAUAAUCAAAAUAAUAAUAACAACAGUAAUAAUAAUCAAACCAAUAAUGUACAUACUAAAACUCCAUUGUAUAAACAACAAACUACAGCACCUCGAAACAUUGUAAAUUUUUUACCCAACCAACAACAACAACAAUCAAAUCAUAGAAUAGUUGGAUCAAAAGAUAAAAGUAGACCAACCAACAAUAACAAUACUACAGUCAGUAAUGCCUUUGAUAACUUGAAGAAGCAAAAGCUGACCCACGAAUUGGAAGAUGAAAUUGAUCCAAUUGACUCACAAUCAGAUAACAGCUCUGACAAUAGCACGAUUUUGUAUCAUCAACCACAACAACAACAACAACCUCAACAUCUAAACUCACUAAUCCCCAAACAACCAUCAUCAACAAGCGUAACAACCAUUACCACAACUACCACCCAAGAGAAUGAAGACAUCAAGAGAGUAAACGAAAAGCUUCGAUUACGUUUAAAGAAUGUAAAGAAGGCAAUCAAUGGAGAAUUUGAUUUACCAGAAACAAAAUCCGACGAGCAUAUCAAAUCCUAUAUUGGAUCAACAAUCAAAUCAGAGUUUGAAAAACUUUUGCAACAAAACUCUAACAACAACAAUAACAACAGAAACAACCAACAACAAUUAUUGGUUUUGGAAGAACAAAUCAAGUUGCUCACUCAAGAAGUAGAUUUUUGGAAAUCUGAACAGGUAGCAGAGUCAAUCAAGGUUGGAAAGCUGAUGCAAGAAUUGGGCGAAAGAAAGGCAAAAAAUCGUCAACUAUUUGAAAAGCUGGAAAGCACAGAAACGGCUCUUGACAAGAAAAACCAAGAAAUCCUUUUAAACAAAGCAACCUCUGAAAAGGUAAUGGAGGGAUUAUCAAAGGAAGUUGAUAUCAAAUCACGUUCAAUCGAUCAACUCAAGGAUAUGUUGGAAAGAGAACGAGAUAGUUUCCGUUGCAAAGAAACAGAAUAUGCCAAUGAGUUGGCCAUUUGGAAAGAUGCUACCAAAAAAGCCUUUGACAAGUUAAAUGAAUAUCAACAACUAGCUUUAGAACAAAAACAACAACAAACAAAUCAUUCACAGGCAAGUCAGAGUCAGAGUCAGACUGAACAAACACUAGAUUUGGGUGCAAACAAAGAACAAGAGGCCGAUAGCCAUACAUCAUCAUCGUCAUCUCCCCAAGAAGAAGAAGAAGAAGAAGAAAACCAAAACAAAACACACAAUGAAGAUGAUAUUCUUGUUUCUCAAUAUCAACAACCAAUUCAAGCAGCAGAUGAUCUCAGUAUUACAUUUGAUUAUGAAUAUGCCCCUUUGCCAAACCAACAACAAAACCAAUCACAACAAGACCAACCCAUGGAAGAUUGUCAAGACAACACUUUAUCAAAAUAUCAAGAUCCACUGUUGCAAUCAAAUAUGACGUUGACACAAUUUAUUGAAUUAAAUAAAUAA